CCCUCACCUUCACUAUCCCCCUCACACUACGAUCCUCCUCUUCCUUUCAUGUAUCUCCCUGUAACGACCACUGGAUUGGCUAUGGGGUGCUAAUAUCGGGAUUUUUUCCCGUUCUGAAUCGCUACGUUCGGCCACGCGGCAACCUCCAAGUGGACCCCCUACUCGAAUAAUGUCCAGAGGCACACGCAAUCGGGGCCAAUCAGGCUCCCCUUCGGAUGGAUCAGAUGGAUCAUACGAGGAAGGCGGCGGCGCAUGGCAGGCCGGACUCGCUUAUGGCUCCGACAGUGACUAUGAAGGAGGACCUCACCUUGGACCGUUGGAUGGUUUCAGCGAGAUGGACUCAGGGGACGAGUGGAGACCAUCUGACGCAAGCGACACCGAUGAUGAAGCACAGGGGGGGGCUGGUCCUUCGCGUCCUCGUCAAGACAGACAGGUUCUUGAUCGGCAGCAACAGAAAGGCUAUGGAUCAGGAGUUCCCACUAGCGCUGUCGGAAGGGGACAGGCGCGUGGUCUCUCGGCAGCGCAGAGGAGGCGUCUAGCUCUGGAUGCUUUAGGAAGUGAUGCCUGGAAAGACUCGUCGCAAAGGAAACGGCAACAAGCUCCAGCAGCGGGACCAGCUGACGACGAACAUGAAGUGGAAGAAGCUGAGCUUGGACGCUUGGUCGCUGGUUUAGGCAUACCAUCUGCACCUCGCGUCGAGGACGAGCACGCUGAAGUAGCGGACGGCGCUGCUCUACAAUCUGAAAUGCUAGCUGCUAGCGGGUUCAAGUCACAGAGGAAGAAGACUCGCCGGACAACUGCGCAAGCUGCCGUAUCUCCGGAAGUUGCGCGCUUGUUAUCAGAGGCCAAUCUUGCCUAUGUCAACAUGGAGCUCGAAGAAGCCAUAGAGAAGCUGCAAGAGGUGAUACGUAUUGAUCCUACCGUCAAGUCGGCCUGGUCUACGCUUGCCAAUUGCUUUCGGGAGCAAGGAGACUUCGAGAGGGAGACACAGGCCAAGAGCAUUGAAGCUAUCCUCACGCCCAGAGCGACCGAUCUGUGGAUUAGCCUGGCCCACAGACACGAUGAACUUGGUCAAGUGCACGAGGCCAUCAAAUGUUUCGAGCGGGCGAUCCGUACAUCACGUGAGAAAGACCGUAGCGAUGUCCUCGAUGCCAUGUGGGACAGAGCUUGCCUACUACGAGAUCUCGAAGAUGACAAAGCAGCACUGACCGCCUUCAAGGCCCUCUUGCGAGUACGUCCCCACAAUGCCGAGGUACUAGCUCAGCUGGUGCCGCUCUGUCUCAAGGCCAAUCGGCGCAUGGAAGCCAUCAGACUCCUUGAAAGCAGCUGGGAAUUCAAUCGGACUCACUUCCCGGAUCCCACAAGCGGUGAGGGACUCCGCUUUGCGAGCUUCACAGGCUCCGAGAUUGUGACUCUGUGCGAUCUACUGCUCUUGAAUAACGAGCCGCUGGCUGCCCUCAAUAUCGUCCGCCAAGGGUCCCGUUGGCUCCAAGGUCGCAGCACAGAAAUCUUUUGGGAUGACGUGCUCGACGAUGAUCGAGAAUUCGACGAGUCUCGUGAAGGUGCCAAUCGCGGUGGGGUCGCGGAGUAUGGUAGGAGGGUCGAAAUGGCCCCUGUCUACCCGCCAUUGGAUACACAAUUGCGUCUACGGCUAGGGUACGCGCGUGCAAAGAUGGAAGACUUACCAGAAGCGGAGAGACACUUUGAGCUCUACCUAGCCAAGACUGACCCUGCGGACUAUACCGAACAGUAUAUCGAUCUUGUUGAACUCGACAUGGAGCUGGGUCAGUUUGAACAGGCUAAUGCUAUUCUGCUCAGAAUGAUGGAGCUAGAUUUCCUCCUAAUCCCCGACAUCAUCUACAAACACGGACUCUGCCUUCAGGCAUUAGGCCAGAACGAAGCCGCUGCUGGUGCUUUCGAAGCGGUCAUCGCAAAUGAUCCUGCAAACCUUGAGGUCAAGCUUCGCCUCGCUGAGACCUACGAGGCCUUGGGCAGAGUUGAAGAUGCAAUGAACACCGUCAACGAAUUCCUUGCAGCUCGAGCAGAGCAGAGAGCGGCGCAAGGUGCGCCCAACGACGGCGAUCACGACAGCCAGGUGCCUCCUGCCCCCGCAGCUUCGGACAUCCUUGACGGAGCAAGUCGGUCGGGCGCGGCCAAGACUCGAAAGAAGAAGCUCUUGAGAGCCGACGAACGUGAACGCUUGGCAAAAGCCCGCGAAGAAGAGGCGAACCUGUUCCUCAAUCGACUUCAAAAGCGAGAAGCCGAGAUCUUCGUCGAAGGCUGGUGGCGUAACGACGUCGUUAUUGGGAUCAGCGGACUAGAUCCAGCCAGUGAGCUUCAAGAGCGAUAUGGCAUCGAUAUCGGAGAGGACGAGCAAGCUCGUAUUCAGCGAUUCGCAGCAACGAGGGACUGGCUCGAUCUAUCUGGUCGACUUAUUGACAGUUUCAGGAGCAUGCCCCACAUGUUUCCUCGUUCGAGGUCGGGCUCCAGUAAGACGGGCCCGAGCUCAACAGUGGAAGCGAGACUUCGCAGCAGUGGCCAGCGGACGCCUCGCCGACCCUAUCGGAAGCGUGACGUCGAUCUGGGCGCAAGAGACCUGAUCUCUAGACUUCAAGAUCGGGUGAUGCAUGACUCGGCAAUGCACGAAGAUGACGCCGGAGAAGAUGCGCUGGAUUCUACCGGUGCUGGUGCGCAGGCGACUGCCGCCAUGGCUGGGCGUCACUUUCGUGGAAUGGAUUAUGACAUGUGGACUGACAUGUUCGUCAAGCACGCAUUUGUUCUGACCAAAAUUGGAGAUCACGGCGCUGCUUCGGACCUGCUAGAACACGUCCUGUCUUCCCACGUUGCCACAUCAAGCGAGUCGCGUAGAAUGACAUUGACUCUGGCUCAGGCGGCUUGUGGCUUCUAUGCUCGUGACUUCUCGCCGCCUUUCGAAGUGCUACGUCAAUUGACAUCCCACUGGCAAUUUCACAAUAUGCCCAUUCGGCUGCUUGCGUCCCUGUCGCACAUCAGCGGCUUCUACGGCCUUGACGCCUACACCAGCCACAAGAUACAAAAACUCCUUGUUCGACGCAGUCGUGUCCACGAAGUCAUUGUCAAUAAUGGCAAGUGGGAGUAUGCUCCCUUGGCGGGUCGAUACGUAGCACGCGAACGAUUACAAGCUCCCCAACGAUCUCUGGGUUACUGCAAGAAUCGUGAGCCGUUUGUCAGACAGGACGAAGGUGGGGACAAGAAGAAGAAGAAGCGCAAGAAAGUCAAGUCGGCAGGGACCAAGAGGAGCGCGGCCGAUGAAGAUGCUGAUGAUGCCGCAAGCGAUGACUCUGAUGAUGCGAAUGACGGAGAUGAUGCUAGCGCAGACGAAGAGGGCUUAGAAGACGAUCUGGACGCCAACGGUGAAGCACAUGCCAGCACGAGCUAUGAGGGCACCAGCGCACCGCGAGAGAAACCACCAACCAAGGAGGGCAUCAUAGGCGAGAUAGCCUAUGGCUACUUCCUGCUGGUCACUAGCUCAUGGCAAUCGGCUUUGGGCAUAUCGCUACGAGCCUACGCUCGAGCCCCGAAUGAACCUGUCGUCUGUCUCAUGGCUGCCGUUGCGUGUUUUGGCAGAAUGACCAAUCGUCAGACGGACAAUCGUCAUCACCUACUCCUUCAGGGCAUCAGCUUCCUCUCACUCUAUCGCAAGUACCGCAUCGCCGAGGUCAAGCGUGGCGCCACAGAAGUCUCAUCGGUGCUCAAGCCUACCGCUUGGAUUGAGGCUGAGUACAACAUUGGCAGAGGUCUUCACCAAGCCGGACUGAUCACUGAGGCUGUGCAGGCCUACGAACGCGUCCUGCAAGCACACGAUGAGAGAGUAUCUUCCAAGGUGGUAGCUCGGGAGGCGCAUGAAGUCGGCUUCGACUGCUAUCGCGAAGCUGCCUGGAACCUGAGCCUGAUCUACUCAAUCAAUGGCAACGGUCGCGCUGCAAGGGUGCUGAUGAACAAGUACCUGCGCGUCUGUUAAGCGAAGGUGGGCUCACGCACUGAGAUAGCACUGAUUGCGGGGUCGAUAACGCAGAGUGAAGACUCAGAGGCUGUGUCCUGUUUCACACAAUCGUAUGAAGAUCUCACGAGUCACUCCCUUAUCUGUGUGCGAUCCUCCAUCAUCUCAUU